GCAUCUGACAGCAGCAGAGAGCAGCCAGACAUGGGCAGAGCCAACCAGACCGGAGUCACAGAGUUCCUUCUUCUGGGACUCUCCGAGCAGCUGGGGCGGGAACAGGUUUCCUUCGGCUUGUUCCUGUGCAUGUACCUGCUCACCGUCAUCGGGAACCUUCUCAUCAUCUUGGCCAUCAGCUGUGACAGUUGUCUCCACACACCCAUGUACUUUUUCCUGGCCAACCUCUCCUGUGUCGACAUCUGCUUGUCAUCAGUCACCAUGCCCAAGACGCUGGUGAAUCACAUGGUGGGAAGCAAGUCCAUCUCCUAUGUGGAGUGCAUGACCCAGGCCUACUUCUUCAUCACUUUUGGCAACAUGGACGGGUUCCUCCUGAGCGUGAUGGCCUACGACCGUUACACUGCUAUCUGCUGCCCGCUCCGGUACACCGUGAUCAUGAGGCCCCAACUCUGUGUCCUGCUGGUGGCGGUGUCUUGGGUCAUCACAAACCUGCAUGCUCUCCUUCACACUGUCCUCAUGGUUCAGCUCACAUUCUGUUCCAGCAAUGUUGUCCACCACUUCUUCUGUGACCCCUAUGCAGUUCUAAAGCUGUCCUGUUCUGACACCUUCGUCAAUGACGUGAUGGUCCUCACUGUGGGUGGGCUGGUAUUUCUGAUACCGUUUUCAUGUAUAAUCAUUUCCUAUGCUUACAUCCUCUCUAAUGUACUGAAGCUGCCAACGGCCCGCGGACUAAGGAAAGCUCUGUCCACGUGUGGAUCCCACGUCAUUGUGGUCUCCCUCUUUUAUGGGACAGUCCUGGGGGUCUAUAUGCACCCUUCAUCCUCCUACUCAGGACGGGACAUGGUGGCCACUGUCGUCUUCACCGUGCUGACCCCCCUCAUCAAUCCCUUCAUCUAUAGCUUGAGAAAUCGUGAUGUGAAGGGAGCCUUAAGGAAACUAAUUAUUAUCAGGAGAAUUGUUUUAUCAAGAUCCUAG